CUUUUAUUAUACUUCUUAAUGGUAUCAAGAGCCAGCCUCUAACGAGCCUCAAAUUUUUUUCCGAUCCAGCCAAUGACGACUAUCACUCCUACCACGCAGGUCGUCUCCCUCACGGCCUCCACCCACUUCCCCAUAAAACUCACCACAUCCAACUAUCCCGUCUGGAAGUGUCAAGUUCAUUCCGCUCUCGUUGGUCUCGGUCUCGAUGGAUAUGUGGAUGGUUCUCUUGCCCCACCGGACAAAUACAUGGAUGCUGCCAAAACCCAGCCGAACCCCUGCUACUCUAUUUGGUACCGUCAAGAUCGCACUAUUAUCAGUGCGUUGCUAGGGAGUUGCGCUGAUGUUAUUCAGCCUUUGAUCUCGUCUGCUACGACCGCAAAACAGGCCUGGGAUAAGCUCUCGCUUACGUAUGCGAGCACAUCCCGAGGCAGAAUCAUUUCCCUCAAAACGGCUCUCUCUCGGACUACCAAAGGCGGCCGAUCUAUCACCGAAUAUGUUGCUGAGAUGUAUGCUAUCUCCGAGGCGCUGGCCCUCGCUCAAAAUCCUAUAUCCGAGGAAGACUUGGUGAUUAACAUUCUUAACGGCCUGGGUUCUGAUUACGGAGAAUUAAGAUCUGCAAUUCGGGUCCGUAAUACUCCACUUCCACUGGCAGAAUUACAGGACAUUCUCCUAGAGCACGAGCAAAAGCUUCACGAAGCAGGUACGUCGGCCCAGCAGCUUGUACCCACAGCCCACUAUACCCAGACUACUGGUCGCGUGGGUGAUCCCUCCAUGUCUGCCGAUCGCCGUCAUGUGCAGACCACUGAUCGUCGUGGUUAUCACUCCCGUCGUGGUCGCGGAGGAAAUUCCUCUGGACAGUACCGGAACCCUUCCAAUGGAAUUGUGUGUCGCUUCUGUAAUUUCUCCGGCCAUGAGGUGAAACAGUGCCGGAAACUACAACGCUUUUUGCGUGACAAUCAAAUCACUCCUUCCUUGGGUUCUGGCUCUCCAGCAAUUAAUAAUACGGUGGUCAAUCCUAUGCAAAAUGGUCAACAAUGGCUAUUUGAUAGUGGGGCCUCCCAUCAUGUUACUUCGGACAAUUCCAAUCUUCCGAACUACACUGAUUAUGGAGGCCCUGAUGAGGUUCAUCUUGGUGACGGAUCAGGUCACGGGGGCGGUGCUCAUGCGCGGGGAGAACAUCCAUGAUGUCUACUAUGUUCCGUCACCAAAGUCUCCACAAGUCAACCUUUCUAGGGUCUUUAUUCCAUCUCACUGGCAUCACACGUUUGGUCAUCCGUCGCGUCGUAUUUUUGAUAUGUUACUUCAUCAAAAUAAAAAUGUUAUUCCGUGUAACAUUAAGCUUAGCGAGUCUCAUUGUUCGUCUUGUCAUAUUAAUAAAAGCACUAAACUGCCGUUUUCUAUUAAUACUAUGCAAGCCAAUCAUCCUCUUGAGUUAAUUUACAGUGAUGUAUGGAGCACUUCUACUCUCUCUAUUGAUGGCUUUCGGUAUUACGUAUGUUUUGUGGACUUUUUCACCAGGUACACUUGGUUAUAUCCCCUAAAACACAAAAGUGAUGUGUCCAUUGUGUUCC